AUGAGUCUACAGGACUUAUUUGAAGCACCAUCACAUCGGUCACGAUAUGUCGAUUAUAAGAACACACACGACAACAGAAACAUGGAGGAGGUGGAGGAGGAGGAAGAUAUUCUCCCAGAACUACCAGAAGGAGCUCGUCGUAGUUCUGGGAGGAGGCGUUCUUCGCUCCAUAUAGAGGACGAGUAUUUGGAUGGUGGUCGGAGACUGUCAAUAGAGGGCUAUCUGAAGGGCCGGAGGAGGUCCUCUAUGAGGAGGGGAAGCAGCAGCCUCGACCUAUCACAGCUUCAUAAAGGUGGAACUCAGGCCAAGAAUCCAUUUGAAAUUUACUCGUCUGAACCACUGUGGGAGCAAUAUGAAGACCUACCUGAUAUACCAGAAAAGUGGAAGGGCAAUGUUAUCGAUAGAGGGUCCCUCUAUUCAUUGAAAAAAGAGCAAAUUGCUGGGCGAGAGUUACCAUUUCUAGCCAACCGUCCAAUGAAAAAAGACGACGAGAAUGUCAUUAACAAUAUGGAGCAAAAACGCGAGCGGGACUAUAUAUCCCGAAGUCAUUUGACCGACAACACCCAGACCAAGUUCAAUCACGCGGUAAUCCAGCACUUCUAUAAAGCCCCGGCUCCUCGUGCACAUCCGGGAUACGGAAUGCCAAGACCGGAAACAUCCGAACAUAGUCCAUUUCGACUUUUAAUGAAGGAUUUGGAGAGAGAUCCGAGUGUCGUGUCGAUAAGCAAUUAUCCAUCGCUUACGGCUCCCCCUUCUUGUUCUAAAUCUGUUGGCUUUUGUGAAAUCUUAGGACCAAGCGCAUGCGCAUUGUGCAUUGAGGGAUCUAAUAGAUUUAUUGGUGAAGAACUCCAAAAAAUAAUCUUCCCUGAAAUUGAGAUGACCGCAGCUAAGCUGGUACAACCCAAACUUGCAAAAGUCAUGCGUGAAGGUCAUCUGAAUCAGAUGAGGAAACGCAGAUUGCGCGAUCUUCAUUUCCCCACUUUCAUGCUACCCCUUAAGAGGCAAGAGACCAACUUGCUGGGAAAGAAAAUGUCAGCUUUAAGACGAGAAAGAGAACGCUCGAAGCUGAGUUCGGGCCCCUCCAAACAUAGUUCCUACAGCGUGUCCUCUCGGACAACACACCUGACGGCCGUUCACGAGGAAAUAGCAUAA